AUGCCCUGGCACUCAUAUCAAAUGGAUGCGGAAAUACUUCGUCAUCUCGUUAAGAGACGCCCGCCAUUUGCGAGCAACGAUGGAAUUAGGCGAUAUUUUGCGAGGAAUCCUAUUGAGAGUCUGAUAGUUGGACGGCGAGUGUAUCUUAAUCAAAUUCUAAAAUUGGAUAGCUUGGAAAUUCUAGAUGGAGCUGAAUUAAAUACCAGUAUAAAAUAUUUUAUUCUAGAGGCCCAACAUUGGGUUAACAAAACAAAGGGCUUUCAUAGAACAAAGAAGACCAAAGCGAUUAAACGCUCCGCUUGGUGCAAAUCUAAAAUCACAACCGAAUCCAAGCAGUCGAGGCUACGUAGUUCUGAAGAAAUUUGA